CAUUCGGGGUAAACUGUUGGAAUUUUGGUUGGUCGUUAGUCUCUCUCGGAGAUUCCUCCAAAACAGUUGUCCGUCUGAAGCCCCAGUCUAUCUGAUUACGGAAUCGCACAGCCCAUUUCCGCACUACAACCUUGCCAUGGGCCAGACACGCGUGGCGACAACACCAACGGCGCAAUCUGCGGAGGCGACGCUUUCCCCAGACACAAAUGGUCAGGAGCAGGAGGCGCCUCAGCUGCUGGGCGAGGACAGCUGGGAGGAGUUCUCCAUCGAUGUUCCGUGGGGAACCGUUGAGGGCAAGUGGUGGGGCUCCAAGGAGCAGCAGCCCAUCAUCGCCCUGCAUGGCUGGCAGGACAACUGCGGCAGCUUCGACCGGCUGUGCCCCCUGCUGCCGGCGGACACCUCCGUCCUGGCCAUCGACCUGCCCGGCCACGGGAAGUCCUCGCACUAUCCGCAGGGCAUGCAGUACUUCAUCUUCUGGGACGGCAUUUGCCUGAUCCGCCGCAUAGUGCGCAAGUACAACUGGAAGAACGUCAGCCUGCUGGGCCAUUCGCUGGGCGGAGCUCUGACCUUCAUGUACGCGGCCAGCUUCCCCACCGAGGUGGACAAGCUGAUCAACAUCGACAUUGCGGGUCCCACGGUGCGAAGCACUCAGAGAAUGGCGCAGGGCACGGGCAAGGCGCUGGACAAGUUCUUGGACUACGAGUCUCUGCCGGAGAGCAAGCAGCCCUGCUACUCGUACGACGAGAUGAUCAAGCUGGUGCUGGACGCCUACGAUGGCUCCGUGGAUGAGCCCUCCGUGCGGGUGCUGAUGAACCGGGGAAUGCGGCACAAUCCCAGCAAGGAUGGCUAUCUGUUUGCCCGGGACCUGCGGCUGAAGGUCAGCCUGCUGGGCAUGUUCACCGCGGAGCAGACGUUGGCCUACGCCCGCCAGAUUCGCUGCCAGGUGCUCAACAUUCGGGGAACUCCCGGCAUGAAGUUCGAGUCGCCACAGGUCUAUGCGGAUGUGAUUGCCGCGCUGAGGGAAAACGCCGGCAAGGUGGUGUACGUCGAGGUGCCCGGCACCCACCAUCUCCAUCUGGUCACCCCGGAGCGGGUGGCGCCCCAUAUCAAUCAAUUUCUGAAGGAAGCGUGAGAUUCUGUCGAGGGUUGAGUAGGAAAUUACUUAAGUAGAAGGCUAGAUAGAGAAUACUGUGUGUAUAUAGUUAGUAUAUUCCAUCCCAUAUGUGAUGUGUCAGUGAACAAAGGUAUGUGCCCGCUCUGCGUGGAUAUAAAUGUUAUGGUAAAUAAUAAACACAAAUUUUUGAUCAAAAUAA